AUGGAGUUUGAGAUGGUGGCGAGCGUGACCAGCUCGACUAGCGCAGCCUGCUCGAGCUCGACCAGCUCGUCGACAAGCUCGGGCACCACAAGUACGACGACCGGGACCGGGACCGGGACCGGGACUGGGACUGGGACCGGCACCGGAACCGGAUCGGGGAUCGGGACUAGCACAGCAAGCUCCCUUGACUCCUCGGGCAUGCUUGCAUCAAGCACGUCGUCGCAGACGGCGGCUUGGCGCGACGUGAUUGUAUCUGAGCUGACGGUGGAGACCAAGACCGGCGAGGUGGUGGUGGACGGGGCGUCGAUGUGGCUGCGGAGCGGGCGGCUGACGCUGCUGGUCGGUCCGGCUGGCUCGGGCAAGACGGUGCUGCUGGAGACGCUGGCGGGGCGGAUGGGGCGUGGGCUGGGCAUUGGCUCGGGCACAGUGUCGCUGGGCGACGAGACGGUGGCAUCCGCGCAGUCGGGCAUCCGCAAGGCGGUGCGCGACCGGAUCGGGCUGGUGACGCAAGAGGACAUUGUGCUGGAGAGUACGACGACCCGUGAGUCGCUGCAGUUUCUGGCGGCGGUGUACCACGGAAGCAGCAGCUCCGCGGAGCGGGAGAAGAUCAUCGACUCGGUCCUCGCCUCGCUAGGCAUGACCAAGGUGGCGGACACGGUAGUCGGGACGCCGGGGCUCAAGCGCGGGCUCUCAGGUGGCGAGCGAAAGCGGGCUAACAUUGCGCGGGCGCUGGUGAGCCAACCAGAUGUGCUGCUGGUGGACAACCCGACGGCCGGCCUGGACUCUGCCACUGCAGUGGUGGUGAUCGAGGUGCUGGCGGCGCUAGCGCGAUCGGCACAAAUCCCUGUUGUGGUCGCACUUUCUCAGGGUGCGGUCGAGGUCUUUGAUGCUUUUGAUGAUGUGGUUUGCCUCGCCAGCGGCGGGCGGGUUGCCUUUGCCGGCUCCGGCGCGGACCUGCUCCCGCACUGGGGCGCUGCAGCCGGCAUGGAGUGCCCAGAUGGGGUGAGCCCGAUCGAGUUUGUGGUCGAGGUGCUGGCAGGCCCGGAAGCUGGUGAGAACGCUAGCGGAUCCGGCAGCAGCUCCGGCAGUCGAUCCGGUAGCGUGUCGUCCAGCUCAAGCUCCGGAGGCGGAGUCCGAUACGCGUUGGCGGAGGAAGGUAAGGGCGGCAAGAGCAUGUUGGAGCGCGCGCUGGCGGUCUCGCCGCAGGUAGCGCUGCCUACUAUGAGUAAGAGCCUGAGCUCGCCGCGUAGGCAUGGCGAUGACGACAGCGAUGGGAGCGGAAAGAACUGUGGCGGAUGCAGCGACUCGCUGCGGCGGACCGGGCGCGGGUUCUGGCAGCUUAUCAAGCGCAACACGGCGGUGAUGAGGCGAAGCACCGAGGCGACAGGCGCGCGACUGGUGCAGGCGCUGGUAUUCUCACUGCUCAUGGGCGUGCUCUACUACCAGAUUCCGCGCGGUCAGGACGCCGGCUACGACCGCGGCGGGCUCCUUCUGCUGGCGUCUGUCAUGCCGAUGUUCUCGGCGAUGGAGGCGGCGGUGGCGGUGUUCAUGGCCGAGUUUGCCACUUACCGGCGUGAAGUCAAGGAGGGCGUGUACGGGCCGGGCACGUACCUACUGGCCAUGAUUGUAGCGGAUCUCCCGUGUCUUGCGGUGGUCAUGAUCCUUGCCAUUGUGCCGGUCUACACGCUCGCAGGCCUCACGGCGACCUUCAAGGCCAUUGCGGUCUUUACGGUCGCGAACACGCUCCUUGCUUUGCUAGGCAGCUGGAUGGGCGUCCUGCUUGCGGCGCUGUCGGGCGAUGCCAACACGGCCAACAUCCUUGCGUCUGCGGUUGUGCUGCCGGGCAUGAUGUUCACCGGCGUGAUGCUCAAGUUUGACAACAUGUGGACCGGCUUUGCGCUUCUGCGGCACCUCUCGUUCCUCCGCUACGGCUUUGCGUCAAUGAUGAUUGCCGAGCUGGAGGACAUGACGCUAUCAUGCACAGACGACGAGGCCAUCAACGGAACUUGCCCCAUCGUCAGCGGGCAGGCCGUCCUCGACCAGCUGCAGGUUGAGCGCGACGGCGGACUCGCCUACUCGAUGGGCAUGCUCACCCUCUGCGUGGCUGUCAUCGGCGAGGACGAUUGGCUGCUGUCACCGCUGGCGAUGGUCCCGCUCUCGGCAGACGUGUCGCUCGACAAUCAGCAUCUUGAAGCCGCCCAGGCUCUGCGGCACCAGCUGGCGACACCAAGCCCAAGGGCGAGCGACCACGAGGCAGCAAGAUCGCUGGACUCACUCUCGCUGCCGCUGCCACUGGCGCUGGAUGGUCCAGUGCCGGUGGUGAAGCAGCCGGGCGAUGAGCAGAGUCUUAAGCGGCGGCGGGCGGCGGCGGAGGGCGACGACGAGAACGAGGACGAGGCUGGGGCAUGGGAGCUCGCCCGCGCACUGAAGAGGCGGGCACACUUGGGCUCGAUGUCUGCAGUACGGCACUUGCUUUCGACGUUCGGACGGCUGGUGGCGCCGACGCUGGGCCUGGCGACUCCAUACGGAUGGGGCGGCCUCUUUCCGCGGGCAGCAGUGAUGCAGCUCGACGCCAUCUCAGCGGUGACGCUCCGCGGGAUGGGCGAGACUGCUGCAGCGCACUCGGCCAUUUCGUCGGCCAAGGCUCGACUGGCGCGAGUUUAUGACGUGCCGUCGCUCGAGGUGGCGUACGGCCACUUUUUGGUCACCACCUACUUUGUGGGCGUUAAUCACGCCGAGGCGGCGCUGCACGCCGGAUGCUGUAUUGCGAUUCUGCGCGCAAUGGCUCGGACAGCAGGGGCCACCCUGCCAGCGCUACACUCGAAGCUCUCAUUUGAUACCGUUUCUACGCUUGUACGGGCGCUGAUGGAGCUCUCCGAGGUGUACGCGACUCGGAUGGUGGCAGCGAACUCAAUUAAGGCGCUGGCGCUGCGCCACGCGUCGAGCCCACCACUCUUUCUCUCAUUUCCGGCCGAGGGCUCGUCGCGGGCAAAAGAAUCGUGCGAGUCGGGAAGCCUGGCUGUGCCAGUCAUGGUACCGGAGCGGUGCGCCGCGCUGCUGUCUGCGUUCCGGUCCGGCGAUCGCGGCGCGGUGCGUGCGCUGCUCCCGCCAUCACUCACGGUUGCCGACCAUUCGCCGAUAUCAUACGAGCUUUUCAUGGUCCUGUACCGGGCGCUUGGGCCAACGAUGGAAGCAGUGCUCUCGGUGCCACCGCAUCCCAGCACUGACCCGGUGCCACGCGAGCUGCUGUCGCUCGCCGCCGCGCUGUACAAUGCGGACCUGCCCGAGCCAAGCGGCGAGGUCUCGUACUGGAAUACACUUGUCGGCCUCGAUCUCAUUGACGGGUGCUCCGGCCGAAGCUAUCCAGAUCGCGACGCUUCUUUGCUGGACGCACUGGGUACGCUUCCGCUGUUUACCCAAUUCAUGGACUUGCUUGAUGAGGACCUCGCUGCCGGCGUCCCUAGCCACGAGCUCUGCUGCGGCGAGCAAACGAGCUUGUUUCAAGCUUUUGUCAUUGUCUCACACGCCUAUUUUAUGGCGCUGUCAGACAUGUGUGAGACUGCCAAGGUAGCAGCGUCGAUGGAGCGCAUGCUGACACUGCUCGAGAGCGUGAGAGACCAGCUUGCGGCCGGGUGGACGUUCUCGAUCAUGACCCUAGUCAUGGCCGCCUGUGUCGCAGUCCUCGUCAAGUCGAGCCAUGACUUUAUCUCCCGCAUCCUUGCGCUCGGCGAGGCCAUUCCCAGCGAGAACGCUCCGGUGUGGACCAUGGUCGGGCGGAUACUACGGACAUCGACGAGCUCACUCCCCAGGCCUGCUGCGCCUUUUGGGGUGGGGGUGUAA